AUGGCGGCUGCGGCCAUAGAUGUAAAAUACUUGUCGGCAUAUUUAUGUGUGCCUCAAGAUAAUCUUAGCAAUAUUAUCGACACACCAACCGCAGAUUUGGUUCGUGCAGUUCUUAUUGCUAUUUCCAAAAAGGCACUUGAGCAUGACGAACUCGUCGCGGACAAGCUCCGUGUGGAUAUCGAGUUUGAGAACGAAGUCCGGAAGUCUGAAAUACAGAUUGAGAGCCUCAAAACCAAUCUGGAAAAUGCUCAAAAAAAUGUUGAGUCUAUCAACACAAAACUUUGUGAAGAAGUGAAAUCUAAAGCUUCAAUUGAAGCAGAACUACAAGCUUUGAAGUCGUCUUCAACCAACUCUUUAUCUGAAAUCGAAAGCUUGCGUGCCCGAAUUUCUUCGCUCGAAGCUGCCAACCGUGACACAAUAGCUAUAGUUGAAUCAAAAAGCACUGCCAAUGAUGAGUUAUCGAAAGACUUGCAAAAGCAACAUCAAAAGGGGCUAGAACUAAGCCAACAAUUAAGUGCUCUGCAACAAGACGUACAAAUCGCCAAAUCUGCCGCAUCUAGCGCUAGCUUUAGAGAGGGUAAUGUCAAGCAGGAAUUAGAAUUGGCCAAGCGUAAUAAUGAAUGGCUGGAAAACGAGCUUAAAACCAAAAGUGCGGAGGCCAUGAAAUGCCGAAAAGAGAAAGGUGCGCGAGUUGCCGAGCUACAACGUGAGAAUGAAGAGUUCACAUCCAACAUUGAAUCGCUUCGAAAAACUGAGCAAGCUCUCCGUAACCGAUUAGAAGAAGUGCAAAAAACAGCAGAGGAUUCAUUGGCGAAAGUACAGCAACUUCAGGAAGACGCAGCUAAAGCUGAAGAUAGCUUUCGACAAGAACUUGAAAGCUCACGAAGACUUGCAGAGCUCCAAUCACAGCAAUCUAAUAUGCACCGAAACAGGCUGUUAGAGGUGGAAGCUGGGGUUGAGAAAAUCAAGGAUAAUGCAGUGGAAGAAGUUGGAAGAUAUCGAGCCGAGGCCGAAUCUGAAAGGCGUGAACGCGAACAGGCCGAAAAUCGGAUAGCUGAACUGGAGUUAGAGGUUGAUCGCCUUGAGGCACAGGCUGCUCAGGCUCGCCAUAAUUCUCAGCCUGGAACCCCUCGCAGAGCUCUCAAUGGAACUUUAAUCUCACACAUGGGCACCCCUGGUCAGCCCGCAACCCCUGGCUCUACACGAAGUAGAUUAAAUAUAACUGCAACACAGGCCAUUGAAGAGCUUGGAAAAGUCAAGAUUGAGUAUAGGAAAGAAAAACUUAGGACGGCGAGUUUAGAGGCACAGAUCGAUCAGAUGGUAGAGGGACUUGAGGCCAAAAAGCCCUAUAUUGAUGAUUUGGAGCAGGAAAAUAGACGUCUAGAAAAAGAGAUGUUUGAAAUGUCCAGAUUUGUAGAACAAAUUGGUAAAGAAAAGGAUAUAGCAACAAAGAAUGCUAGACUAGCAAAGGGGGAGGCGUCAACAGCACAAGCAGAGGCAAACAUUCUCACACAACAGCUACGAGAUCUUAGUUCACAAGUCAAAAUGUUACUUGCCGAUCAGGCUGCUCGAGAUCAAGGCUGGGGCGAGCUAAGUGCCAGCGAUAAAUCUCGUCUUGAAUCUCUGGCCGCGGGAGAGGUUUCUGAUGGUGCAUUAGAUGAACUGUCUGCGACAGAUCAAUUAAUUAGCCAACGUUUGGUUGUUUUUCGCAAUAUUAGCGAGCUUCAACAGAAAAACCAAGAUCAACUUAAGAUAAUCAGGCAACUGGGUGCCCAGAUGGAGAGCGAAGAGGCUAUAGCUGCAAAAAAACAGGCUGCACAAGAUCAUGAGGAGGUUCAAAAACUAUUAGCCAAAGUUGAAGACUACAAAGAUGAGUUGCACAAUCUUAUCACCCGCUCUGAAAGCUAUAUUAAAGAACGUGACAUGUUCCGUCGGAUGCUCCAGCACCGAGGCCAAAUCCCUGCCAACUUAGACAUAAACUCAAUGUUUGGACAGUCCGUUAACGGUAGCCAGAGCCACCUACCGGACACCAUUGAAGCCGGCGGUAACGAAUGUGUCCAACUAACCGCUGCAAUUCGCAACCUCCAAUCUCAAUAUGAUAGGUAUAGAGAAGAGCAGACCGUUGAUCGUAACACUCUCAAAGAACAAGUUGCUAGGCUUUCACAGGAAAAGAGUUCCCUACACUCUGAAAUAGCAAAAGUAAAUAGUCAGCUUACCCUAUUCUCUGAUCGAUAUGAUCUUCUAAACUCUAACUAUGCAAUGUUGGGCAAUGAAAAUAAGGAGUUGCAGAAGAAAGCUCAAAUACUCUCAGAGACUGCGGUCAAACAAGACUUACGUACUCAACAGGUAGCCGAGGACCUAGUAGAAGCCAAAGGCCAACUGGAAAGUAUGCGUUAUGAGAAUGCUAACCUCAAGGCUGAAAAAAUGCUCUGGAAAGAUAUCCAGGAACGAUUAGCGAAGGACAACGAUAAUCUUAUGAGCGAACGAACCCGGUUGAAUAACCUUGUCGCAAACCAACAACACUUACAGAACGAGCGCGAAAUGUCAGAGUCCGAAACCCGACGACGAUUACUAUCACAGGUCGAUUCGCUAGAGGCUGAGCUCAGUAGCACAAAAAGGAAGCUAAACGAGGAAGUAGAAGAGAGCAAAAAAGCUCAAUUACGUAAAGAAUAUGAUUUGCUGCAGAACCAGAAGCGCAUUGAUGGUCUUGUUGCAAGCCUGAGUCAAAUUCGCGAGGAGUUUGCAGUUAUUAAAACCUCCCGCGAUCAUUUUCAAUCACGAGCGGAUGAGCUUAUUAUCCAAUUAAAGAGUUCAGAGGAACGAGUACAACUUCUACAGCUCAAGUCAACCCGAAGAGAGUCUGACAGCCAGGAUAUUGACGGCGACCUUACGCGUGAACAAGAGCUUACGAUGGAAAUUUCAGAAUUAAAGCGUGACCUAGAUCUAGCGAGAUCUGAAGUUGAUAAUGCCAAGCUUCAAAUGGAACAAUAUAAAGCAAUUGCACAAGCUACCGAGGAGGAAAUGGAGGCCUUAAAUUCCACGAGUGACCAAUUCCGGGAAGAGAUGGAUCUGAUAAUUGACGAGAAAGACAAAAAGAUUCGAGACAUUGAACAGCAAGCCGAGGACCUUUCUAAAAAACUCACAGACACAAAUAAUGAACUCAGUGAAUUACAAGCUUCGAAUGCUGAGAUUGCCAGCCGAACAGAAGAAGAGAUGGCAUCCCUGCAAGCUGAAGUAGCUCGCUUGAAAGAAGAAGAUGAACGCCAUGCGACCGCAGCUCAAUUUCAUCAACAAGACUUGCGGGCUCAAGCUCAAAUUGCAACAAAAGCCCAACAAGAUUACGAAAAUGAACUUGUAAAACACGCAGAAGCUGCCAAAUUAUUACAAUGCGUCCGUGCCGAGCUCAACCAGCUUAAGGUAAAUUCUGCAUCUCUAAAAGCUGACGCUGAAUCCGCGCGGACAGCCCUCAGCCAGUGUGAAAUAUCUUGGGAAGAACGACGUGAAAAACUCGAAGAAGAAAUGGAAGAACUACGCAGAAGACGUGAUGACCUUAUGGCGCAAAAUAAGAUUCUACAUGAGCAACUCGAAAAUAUCAGUUCUCAGGUCUCAUCUCUGCAGCAAAGCCGAUCUCACAAGGCUAACUAUGAAGACAGCUCUGCAGAGCUAGAUUCACACUCACAACGUAAUGUCGAUGGUCUACGCGAACUCAACACAUUCUUACGACGCGAGAAAGAAAUUGUAGAAGUCCAGUAUGACCUCAAAGUUCAAGAAUCUAAGCGGCUACAGCAACAGCUAGAGUAUACUCAGGCUCAGCUGGAUGAACACCGUCUCAAGUUGGACCAGGAACGUCGCUCUCAGGCUGACAUGAACAAAAGCUCUCUAGCGCACAAAGAUCUGAUGGAAAAGUUGAAUGAAUUGAAUUUGUUCCGGGAGAGUAGCACCACCCUAAGAAAUGAACUGCGCCAGGCCCAGUCUCAGCUUGCAGAAAAGUCUGAGCGGGUAAAUGGAUUACUGGAACAAAUCCAACCAUUAGAAACAAAGAUUCACGAAUUAGAGCACAGCAAAGAAUCCUUAGAGGGAGAAAUGCGAUUAUUGCAGGAAGAUCGUGAUCGAUGGCAAAAACGUACACAAGAUAUAUUAUCUAAAUCGGAUCGCAUUGAUCCUGCUGAAGUAGAGCAGCUCAAAGAAACCGUCGAAUCCCUUCGAUCUGAGCGCGACACUCUUCUAGAGGAGCAGAAGCCUUUGUUCGAAAAGAUUGGCAAUUUCGAGGCUGAAAGGAGCAGUUGGGCUCAAAGUAGGCAGAAAUUAAUAGAACAAGCUAAGGAACGUAAUCGUAUCAACACAAAAGAUAUUAAGGAUAGAACGAGUGAAAGAGACGCUGCAAUUCAAGAAAAGCAAACACUUCAGCAGAAUCUUACGGACCUUCAGGCACAACUUGCGACAGCUAUCGAGGAAAAAGAUUCUACGGGCCAACUACUAAUGAAAAUCACCCAAGAAUUAGAAUCUUGCAAGUCAGAAAAGGAUAAUGCACUUUCAGCUUCAUUACAAGAUCCCAAAGAUUUAAUCAACUCCACUAGUGAGCAGAAUUCUAAUCUUGCAAUCGAUGAACAAGUCGUCGAGUUACGUAGAGAGCUCGAACUUGCUACUCAUGAAAAGCAAAUGCUUCAAAUCGAGAUAAAAGAUCUUAAAGGAAAACUUGAAAAUACAAAAUCAGAACUCAACGAUGCUCAAGAAGUUAUACGAACCCGAACUAUUUCAUCCUCUACGCUUAUAACCGAACGAGAAUCAGAGGAAGAUCAGGUUGAAGAUGUCAAUAGUAGUAAUCCAAUAAGCGAAGCUGAGAGGAAAGCUUUCGAGAAUCAAAUUAUUGAAGCACAAUCCAAGGUUGUUGAACAUGAAAAAAGGGUUAAGCAGAUUGAGGAAGAGAUGGAGAGCAAAUUAAAGAAAAGGUCAGAUACAAUGAAGACCGCACUCAACAAAAAACUUGCAGAGUCGAAACAAACUCAAAAGGCAGAGCUUGAAGCAGAGUAUAGGCUUAGAUUUGAGCGUGAGAAACAGAUUUGGAUUGCUGAAUGCAGGGCUAAUCAGGCUGAGCAAAUGCCUCAGAUAUCAUUGCAAUCUGAAGAUAAACAAGCGGCUUCAAUUGAAACAUUACCUGUAGGAAGUACUGAUGCUAUCAUCCCUUCAGCUUUGAGCCAAGCCAAAGAAAUUCCCUCCCUUUCUAAUAUUUCUGACGAUGAAGCUCGUCAACUUUGCCAGAAUAAUAAGACCAUACGCGAAAUCAUAAAGGGCAAUAUUAUGACGAAACUUUCAGCGGAAAUCCAGAAACUCAAAGAGGAGCAUACAAAGACUCUCACGGAUGCCCUUCAAAAGGCAGAAACAAUUAAAACUCAAGCUGUAUCAAUGGAAACCAAGAAAUCAGCCUUGAAAAUAAACAUGUCCGAAAAUCGAAUUCGGAUCGCUACAGGUAAAUUGCAGGUCGUUGAAGUAGCAGCCCAGACUACCCCUGAACGGGCAGUCGGUGAGGUUUGGGUUGAGGUCAAAAACUACAAGCCUCCUCCCCUUGCCGCCCCAAGUUCACUUCCUGCUACUCCAAAUUUCGCUCCAAAAUUUUCUACAAAUGGCGCCACAGCUUCCCCAUCUGAACCUACGCCAGCAACGGCUACACCAGUCGGUCAAAUAUCAUCAUUACUUGCUCCAAAUUCACCUUCAGUACCCAGUAGGGCAACCACAGGGCCAUCAAACAGUAUUUCAACCAAUACAUUACCCCAUCAACUUCCUCAGCGUGUCUCGUCUAUUCCAAUGAUGCGUGGUGCAGCAAAUAUUCGUGGCCGAGGCGGACAUCAAAACUACCAACCACCUAGAGGUGGUAGCCGUGGACGGGGCGGGACACCCAAUAGUGCUGGUCUGAAUAGAGGUAAUCUCGCAUCUAACGUUGGAGCACCUUUCAAUCCGAUUGGGUCAGUCGGAACAAAGCGCAUCCGAGAUGAAGUGGCGAUAGCCGGGCCACAUGAAAAUGGCGGAAAGAGACCUCGAGGGGGAUGA